CUAUGCUAUAAUCUUUGCUUGCCUCUUUUUAAGGUUUGUAAUUAAAUUUUUUUGUUUUGAUGGAGAAGAAGUAAAUGGUAGUAGCCAUGGGGGAACAAAUUAUUUAUUUUGAAGAGCUUCUAUUACCUGUUGCUCAUGAUGAUGUAGAGUUCGAGAAAAAAUCAGGAAUUAUAGAAGUUGAACAGUUUCUAGAUGAUGACGGAUUUCAUGAAAGAGAAGAAUAUAUAAUCAAGAAUGAGAAAAGUACCUCAAACAACUUAUUUACCAAAAUCGAAGGAAGUCAUAUAUCAUCUGUCCCUCCUAUCAAGGAAGUGCCUCAAGAAUCAGAUCCACUGAUGAAUAAUUCUAAUUCUGCACUUCUGGAACAGGCUAUAGCUCAUGAAAGUCACGUAGUCUCAAUUAAAAAAAAAAAAAUUAGAAAAAGCACACGGUGUGAUAACGACUCUGGUCAGAAAGAUCUAAAGAAAAUACGUAAGAAAUCCGUCAAGAAACACAAGUGCCCAUUUUGUGAAUACACAGCAAGUCGAAAAAGUCUCCUCCAAACUCAUGAGGAAACAGUUCAUUCGACUAUCAAGAAAAACGAAUGUCACUUAUGUGAGUAUGUUGCAUCUAGUAAAUAUUGCCUUGAAAAUCACGUGAAAUCUAUUCAUCUGAAAAUUAAGGAUCAGCAGUGUCAUUUAUGUGACUAUGUAACAUAUAAAAAGCAAAACCUUCAAAAUCAUAUUAAUUCUGUUCAUUUGAAUAUCAAAUUCAAGUGUCACUUAUGUGAAUAUACUGCUAAUCGAAAAGAUAGCCUCAACAUUCAUCUAAAAUCUGAUCAUUUGAAAGUCAAAGAAAAGUGUCAUUUGUGCGAUUACACUACAAAUCUAAAUUCUAACCUUAAAAUACACAUAACAUCUGUUCAUCUGAAAACUGGUGAACACAAAUGUCACCUAUGUGAGUUUGUUACAAGUAGAAAAGAUGUUCUACAAAGACAUAUUGACUCUAUUCAUUUAAAAAUCAAGAAAUACAAGUGUGAAUUGUGUACUUAUGAGACAAAUAACAAAAGUCAUCUCGAUAGGCAUGUAAGUUCUAUUCAUCUGAAAGUUGUGAAACCCAAAUGUUUCGAUUGCCUGCAGUGCGAUUAUUCUUCGAGAAGAAAAGAUAAUCUUCAGAAACAUGUCGACUCUGUUCAUUUGAAAAUCAAGAACCACAAGUGUGGAUUGUGUGAUUAUGCUGCGUCCGGGAAAUAUGAACUUAAGCUUCAUGUGAAAUCUUUUCAUCUUAAUAUCAAGGAUCAUAAGUGUUCUUUAUGUGAACACAGUACGAUACGAAAACACAACUUAAUAAUUCAUAUGAAAACUGUUCAUUCAAAUAUCAAGGAACUUGAGUGUCACUUAUGCGAUCAUGUUGCACUCAGACAAAGUGAACUGAAAAAACAUAUCGACUCUGUUCAUUUGAAUGUCUGGAAACACAAAUGCCACUUAUGUGAAUAUGGUACCAAUUUAAAAAUAGACCUUGGCAAGCAUAUCAAAUCUGUUCAUUCGAAAGCAGCAAGAGUCAGUAGGUGAUUUUGGUACAAGUAAAAAAAAUAAUGCCAUAAAAAGCAUAUCGACUGUAUUCAUUAAAAUAUCAGGAAACACAACUGUAACUUAUGUGAUUAUGCUGCGAAUAUAAUAACACACCUCGAAGUUCAUGUCACAAGUGGAAAAAGCAAACUUCAGGCUCACAUUAAGUCUAUUCAUUUGAUUAGAAUAUGAAACAGGUAAAAAAAAGAACAAGUAAAAUAUGUUGAUUUGAAUCUUAAGGAACACAAGUGUCACCUAUGUAAGUUUGUUACAAUUGAAAAAAAAAAAACCUUGGUCCAUCUUAAGUACGAUAUUAUACGUCAGAAGUAAAUCAUCGUUGCCAGACUGUCGAAAUAAUACUAGAUUUUACUGGUGACAUUUGUUAUAAAGAAUUUUUUUGUGAAUGGAUGAUAAAUUAUGAUCCAUACAGAUUCUAAUAAAAUAAUUUUUUUGUGUAAAUGAUGCUUUUACUUUUAUAUAUUGUUUUCAGCAACUUUAUUUUCUCAAUCAGUUCAAUAGCUUACUUAAUGAACAACUAUUAUUAAAUACUAACGUCCAGUUUCAUAAUUAAAUUUAAAGUCACUUUGAGCUUUCUUUAGUGUCAUUUUAAGUAGGGUUAAAGGAAGCUUUGAAAUUAAAGGGAUUUUAGUUAGAUAAAGGUGAAGUUGAAAGAAUUCUAUUGACAUAGGGUCUGAUCAAAAUAUCAAUCUGAAAUGUUCAACAAAAAUGUAUGAAAAUCAUAAGCCCAAUCAUUGGGUUAAUUUUCCAAUGUAGACAUAGAGAUAUGUCCUUCUAAAAAAAAUGCGAAUUUAUAAAA